UGACAGCUUUAUUAUGAAAGUAUACACUUUUUUCCACAAUAUGUAUAUGUGUGUUCGUGUUUGAAAGACUAUACGGUAGAUAUUUUUUGUUGCUUGACAAAUAUUGCAGUCGUUUAACCGAAAUGUAACUCUCAACUAAGUGCAACAAAUGGUGUAAUUCAUAAUGUGAUAAAAAAUCAUUGGCUAAGCUGGCUGUAUCAUCGUUCAAAUUGCACAGCGUUCUUGCUCCGCCCCUCCACUCCUAUAAAGAAGCACCAUUUUGAAUUUACAUACAUAGAAAUUAAUGGUCAAAGGAUUUGCCAUAGAUAGAAUGUUGCGACAAUUCUUCCGUCAGCAUAACGCCGUUUGUAUGUUGAAUGCAUUUAUCUUUUUAACUUUGCAAAUGCGUAGUGCAGUGCAUUGCGUCAAAGUUGAGCAUGGACACGCGCAAUCACGUUCGUAUCUAGAUUUAAGCAAUGUUGAAUCUCCGCUGUUGAAGCCAUUCUCUUCAACUGACAUUGUCGCCCAGUUUGUUCUACCACCCAUUAACAAUGGAGGCGUGGCUAGUGGACAAAUUGAUAUUGGUAUCUCCACAUCAACAUCGACGGAAGCAAACUUUGGCAAUCGUACAAAUGCUGCCAAUGGUUUAAAUGUUGGCAGUUUAAAUACCCAAUCAAAAAACUAUUUCACUCAUCUUACCUUCGAUUAUAUCCACGACGUCCUCUAUGCGGGUGCCACAAACAAAAUACUAAAGUUAAAUGAAAAUCUACGAGUUCUCUCGGAGGCUGUCACCGGGCCCAAGCCCGAUGCACCGCAGUGCCAUGCCGGUGGCUGUCCGGAGGAUGUGGAAACGUCGCUGGUCAACAACUAUAAUAAGAUAUUGGUAGUUAGCUAUGCUCACAACGACGGCAUCCUCAUCUCUUGUGGUAGUAUACGGCAAGGUGCCUGUGAGAUUUACAAUCUUUUGCGAUUUCCUUCCGCACCUCAAUUUGUGGCAGUGCCAUUAGCUGCUAAUGAUGAAUAUGCCUCCACUUAUGCAUUUGUGGGUCCGUCACGUUAUUCUUGGAAAGAGGAGGAUAUACUCUAUGUGGGGACGACAUUUACUAACGUCGGCGAUUAUCGGCACGAUGUGCCAGCGAUAUCAUCUCGACGCUUGGAAGACUUAAAUUAUGCUGAGUUUUCCAUACAGCAGUCAAUUAUUAACAUCGAUGUGAAAUAUCGUGAUCAUUUUCUAGUUGAUUACGUUUACGGAUUCAAUUCAUCUGAGUAUGCAUACUUUGUGCUUGUCCAAAAGAAAUCACAUCUGGCUGAAGAGGCAGGCUAUGUCACGCGUUUGGCACGUAUCUGCAUUACAGAUCCAAAUUAUGAUAGCUACACAGAGAUAACCAUUCAGUGCACCGCUACGGAGGAGCAAAUCGAUUAUAAUAUAUUGCGAGAUGCAAAGAUAACGCACGCAAGCCAAAAGUUAGCCCAUCAAAUGGGCAUUAAGCGAGAUGAUCAUGUGCUGGUGACUGUGUUCUCGCCAUCAAAAGAGAUUAGCGAUGAGCCAGAGAAUAAGUCAGCUAUGUGCAUUUAUAGCUUGAAGGAUAUUGAGGAUGUGUUCAUUGAGAAUAUACACAUGUGCUUCAAUGGCACUAAUAAGGAUCGCAAUCUAGGCUAUAUCUCUGGUACGAUCAAUGAUGGUAAAUGCCCAAAUGCUGGCUCUUUGGGCAACAUUUAUAAUUUUUGCAGUGUGGGUCUUAAAAUUAGCGGCGUUGCCCCAAUAUUGGCACAUGCGUUAUUCCAUUUUGAUAAUGUUUCGGUUACUUCGGUGACGGCAACAACAACAACUGAUCACCAGCAUUCACUUGCGUUUCUUGGCACAGAGGCCGGCACCAUAAAAAAAGUCCUGUUGUCUGGUCAGAAACCUGGAGAAUAUGAGGAAAUUGUCGUAGAUGCCGGCAAUCGUAUUCUUCCCAAUACAAUGAUGUCACCAAAAAAGGAUUUUCUUUACGUCUUGUCAUUGCGUAAAAUAACAAAGUUGCGUAUUGAACAUUGUUCCGUAUAUUCAAACUGCUCAGCCUGUCUGGAAUCAAGGGACCCAUUCUGUGGCUGGUGUUCCUUGGAAAAGCGCUGCACUGUCCGUUCGACAUGUCAACGGGAUACGUCAGCUUCGCGCUGGCUCUCACUGGGUAGUGGUCAACAAUGCAUUGAUUUCGAAUCAAUUGUACCCGACAAAAUUCCCAUUGCGGAAUUAACACGAGUGCAGCUUGUUAUACGUACAUUGCCGGAACCAUUUAAUGCCAAGUAUCGUUGUGUAUUUGGGAAUUCGACGCCAAUUGAUGCCGAAAUACUUGAGCAUGGUUUGGCUUGUGAUACGCCGCCAAUUGAUCAAAGACCAAUCAUUGCUGCUAAUAUGGAUCAUGUGCUCGUACCACUGUCCGUGCGGAGCUCCGAGACAAAUAAGGAUUUUGUGUCGCGGUCCUUUGCAUUUUUUGAUUGCUCGCAUCAUGGCAAUUGUCAGUCGUGUGUGCGAAGCUCGUGGGGUUGCAAUUGGUGCAUUUUUGAUAACAAGUGCGUACACAAAUCGGAACAGUGUCGUAACAUGGAAAAUGCGAUCAGUGGAGAGGGUCAGUGUCCGCACUUAAAGCGCAAUCGUCAACCAAUUUUGCUGCCAGUGCGUGUGCCAAAAGAAAUACGUUUAGAGAUUGAGAAUUUGCCAAAGCCAAAAAGUGCGCAUGCUGGAUAUUUGUGUACGAUACAAAUUGAAGCAGCUCAAAUGCUUUUACCAGCUCACAUUGAGUCCAACAAGAUUGUUGUGUGCGAAAAGACGCCGUACUUUUAUGAGACGAAUACUCACGAAUACGAAGCUAAGGUUGAGAUAACUUGGAAUCGCCAGCAUUAUAUAGAUACCGCUAUGGUCAUAUUGUACAAGUGCGAUGUGCUUGGCUCCCAUCGAGAACACGCCGAUUGCAGUUUAUGUGUCACACGUGACCCCAAAUACCAAUGUGCUUGGUGUGGCAGUACUUGUGUUUACAAUGAGACUUGCCGAUCACCAAUAACAAUUCAUGGUCAUGGGUUCGAUGUGGACGCUGUUUCAAAUAAUGUUCUGCUGCAAAAUGAAUGUCCACGACCCCGGAUUGAUAUCAUAAAACCAUUGUCGGGUCCUGUGGAGGGGGGAACUCUGGUUACAAUCGAGGGCAGCAAUUUGGGUAUUCGCGAGGAAGAUGUUAGAGGAAAAAUAUCAAUUGGAACAGUGCCAUGUAUACUGGUGAAUUAUCAAAUCUCUGUUAAGAUUGAGUGCCGUACGGGAGCAGCAUUGCAUGAGAUGUCGGCGCCAAUUAAGGUGGCCAAUGAUGCUGGAUUUACGGAAUCAAGUGUUCAAUUUCAUUUUAAAGAUGUACAACUUACCGGUUUGUAUCCCACUGUUGGACCCAAAUCAGGUGGUACACAAUUAUCACUAUUGGGAAAGUAUCUGAAUAUUGGCUCAAGCAUUCGGGCGUUUCUCGAUGAAUACGAAUGUCACAUAAAUGUAACACAAGCUUCAUCCUCACGCCUAUCCUGCAUAACAUCGGAGGCAACGCAACCAGAGCCAAUUCGCUCCCUACGGUUGGUUGUCGACGGAGCUAAUCGCACAUUCACUUGCAAAAAUUCAGAAUUGGGACAGCAGCAGCAGCUGAUAAGCACUUCUAGAAGCUAUUAUGGAACAUAUCAUUACAAUAUGCCCCCGCCGCCGUGUUCGAUAUUCAACUAUACACAGGAUCCGCGCAUAAUGCAAAUAAAGCCAUUGCGCAGCUUUGCUAGUGGUGGACGUAUUUUAACCGUACAUGGCAUGUACUUAGACUCAAUACAAAAUCCUGAGCUUGAGGUUUUUCUGGAUAAUGAGCGUGUAAACAAAACUUCUUGCACUGUCAUUAAUUCCAGCCAAAUGGAGUGCCCAUCACCGCCCGUAAAUCUAAAGUUUCAAUUGUUGAAAAAUGCUGUUGAAAUGAAAUCGGUUCACAAAUUCGAACGUAAGCGAAAGCGCAAUGUACUAUUCAAUGAUAGUUUCAAUAUUUAUGCAACAGGUUCAACAGUAUCCAGCUACUUUUCUAGCAAUAGCAUGGAUGUAACAGCCUUUGUGAAGAUACAUGAGACUCAAUUAAAUUUGCAGCUUAGUUUUGUCAUGGACAAUGUGCAGUUAGUGCGAGACUUGAACAAAUAUUUUCAUGAAAUUCGCAGCACUAUUGUAUACUUGAACGAUCCAAAAUAUUUGCCAUUCCCGAAUGAUGGCAUCAAACUUUAUAAAGGUGACAGCUUGGUCAUUGAGGGUGAACUGCUUAAUUUGGCGGCCGAUGAGUAUGAUGUGAAUGUAACCAUCGGAACUGUGCAGUGCAACAUAACGAGCCUAGCUCUCACACAACUGUUAUGCAUACCGCCCGAGCAGCAGCCGGCCUCGACAGAUGAAAAUGGAAUUGAUCAGUCAGCCGAUCUACCGCUGGUUGUCGUUAAAGUUGGUCGCAAUUUGCGCUUUGUAAUUGGUUAUCUAAAAUAUGAUUUGAAUAAGCCGUAUUCGAUCUCACAUGCAAUGCUAGGCAUCAUAUUGACUGUGGCCGCAUUGAUUAUUAUCCUUGUAAUUGUACUGAUAAUAUUUAGGCGAAAGUCAACCCAAGCGGAACGUGAAUAUAAACGUAUACAAAUCCAAAUGAUCACAUUGGAGAGUAAUGUGCGAUCCGAAUGCAAACAGGCAUUUGCGGAACUCCAAACUGACAUGACCGACCUGACGGCGGAUCUUGAGAGCAGUGGUAUACCAACACUUGAUCAUGUCAAUUAUAUUAUGAAAGUUUUUUUUCCGGGCGUGUCGGAUCAUCCAAUAUUAAAUUCGCCAAAAAUUCAAGGCAAUGGCCAGCACACCAAUUACGAUACGGCUAUGAUGCAAUUCGAGCAGUUGGUCAGCAAUAAGUACUUCCUUUUAACGUUCAUUGAAACUUUGGAGACGCAACGAUCUUCAUUUUCAAUACGCGAUCGUGUAAAUGUUGCCUCACUUCUAAUGAUCGUUCUUAUGAACAAAAUGGAGUAUGCCACGGAGAUUUUAAAGUCGCUUUUAUUGCGUCUCAUCGACAAAUCAUUGGCCAGCAAACAUCCGCAGUUGAUGUUGCGCCGCACCGAGAGUGUCGUAGAGAAGAUGUUAACAAACUAUUUAGCAAUUUGUAUGUACGACUAUCUGAAAGAAUAUGCCGGAUCAAGUUUAUUCCUGUUGUUCAAGGCUAUUAAGCAUCAAGUAGAGAAAGGUCUUGUCGAUGCUAUAACGCAUGAUGCACGAUAUUCUCUAUCCGAGGAACGUCUAUUGCAUGAACAGGUCACACAUUCCGUUGUCAUUUUGCAUAUACUACAGGACGACCUGGACGAGAAGGUUCAGUGUCGCGUCAAUGACUGGGAUACCAUAUCUCAAGUCAAACUAAAGAUUCUUGAUGCCAUUUUCAAAAAUACACCAUUCUCGAUGCGGCCAUCAGUACACGAAGUGGACCUUGAGUGGCGUCACGGUCGCGGUGGUCAUUUAACCCUCCAAGAUGAGGAUCUCACCACAAAGACGAUUAACGGCUGGAAGCGCUUGAAUACAUUAUUCCAUUACGGUGUCAAAGAGUCCGCCGUAAUGUCUCUUAUAGCUAGACAGAAUGAGAGUUAUAAUAUGCCUUAUAGUAAACAGCAGGCUCCCUAUCACAAUUUUUAUUAUAUAAAUAAUUCGCAGAGUCAUAUAAUAAUCAACAACGAUAUUGAAUCGGGUCUUCAGCAACCGAGGCUUUAUCACCUAGUUAAGCCAAUAAUACCCGAUCACUAUAUGAAUAUCAAAAACUCAGCGAUUUCUGGAGUAUUGACACCAGCGCAGGGCAGUGCGCACUGCAUUGGAACUGGGAACGAACGAGCUAAUAAAACUAUACCAGAAGUGUAUUUAACCCGCUUGCUUGCUACGAAGGGUACUAUACAGAAGUUUGUUGAUGACUUCUUUUCCAUUAUAUUGACCGUAAAUGAAGAGCUGCCGCCUGCAGUUAAAUGGCUCUUUGAUCUGCUCGAUGAGGCGGCUAGGCGUCAUAAUAUUGCCGAUACAGAUAUUUUACACGCAUGGAAAUCGAAUAGUUUGCCACUUAGAUUUUGGGUUAAUUUUAUUAAGAAUCCCGACUUUAUAUUUGACGUAAACAAAACAUAUUCUGUCGACUUCUGCUUAAGUGUCAUAGCACAGACUUUUAUGGAUGCAUGUUCAACAACGGAACAUAGAUUGGGCAAAGAUUCACCAUCUAAUAAACUUUUAUUUGCCAAGGAUAUUCCGAACUAUAGAAGGAUGGUAAAGGACUUUUAUCGAGACGUGGCAAGGCUUCCUCAAAUUAGUGAUCAAGAAAUGAGCACAGCUAUGCAGCAAUUGUCAGUUCAACAGAAUGCAGAAUUUGACACAAUUUCUGCUUUAAAAGAGUUGUACAUUUAUAUAACUAAGUACAGAGAGCAGAUUAUGGAUGCGCUGGACACCGAUCCCAAUUGUAAAAAAAUGCAUUUGUCCAGUAAACUGGAAAGUGUUGCCUGCACACUCGACGGCGAGGAUACAUUAAACUGCUGACAAGAAUGUGUGUUUUAUUAUGUGAUUUAUGACGCUGCCGACCUGAUUUUUAUCAUUUCAAGCAACCCAAUUUUAAGUUAAUAAAAUUGUGGCAGAGAAAAUUUACGUACCAUAUAAAUAUACUCUAUCAAGUGCCAACUCCAGAAACAACCCAUGACACUAUAUAAUUUAACCGUAUUUUUCAUGUAUAUACAUACACUGGAUAUUGU